AUGAUGAAUAUCAGAAGGAGAGUUUAUCUCGAUGUUCCUAGCUUCUCAAAUGAUUCUACAUCAUUCUCUGCAUCAGUCGGUCAAGGAUCUCACAACAGGAACUUUCUUCAAAAGGUUCAAUUUGAGCCCAAGAGGCAACCCACAUCAACUGUUUCAUGUAAAUACUGUAAGAAGACUGGGCAUACAGUUGAUAAAUGCUACAGGUUACAUGGAUUUCCUCAAGAUUUUAAGUUUACAAAGAAUAGGAAAGGUUCAACUUCAUGUGUUCAGAAUACAGAUGUUCCAACUCAACUUGGGAGUUCUUCUUCUUCAUCUCAUGGCUUCACUAAGGAACAAUAUCAGCAGAUCAUGUCCUUGAUUCAGCAUGCUCAUGUCACAGCUCCUCUAGUCUCUACUAGUUUCAACUAUGAGAGCUCUUUUAGUGAAAAUGCUGCUUAUGCCAAUUUUGCAGACUUAGGUGCAACAAACAACAUGACACCGCACAAACAUUUUCUUCACAAUCUACAACCAUUAUUUGCUCCCUUUCUAAUUACUCUACCUAAUGGGUACAAAGUGAAAGUUAUAUCUACUGGUUCUUUACAUUUAAGACAUGAUAUUACUUUACACAAUGCCCCUUCUCUGAAGAGGCCGUUGAAAAUUGGUAAAGCUGCAAAAGGGCUAUACUUUCUGCAUCCUGAUGCUUCACUAAUUCCAGUCUCUUGCUCUAAUUCUCCUGCAAUUAGUUCUUUCAUUCCUGUAAAUAAGUGUAAUUCCAUUGUCAAUUUUGUUUCUCAUUGUGCUAGUAAUUCUGUUUCUAUUCCUACUUUGGAAAAUCAUAGUGCUUCUUGUAUUUCUCCCAAUACUGGCAAUAAAACUGAUGCAUUUGUUUCCAUGGUUAAGAUCAAUUUUCAUUCUAAUGUUCAGACAUUCAGGUUCCCUUCAAACAUUUUGAUGCAUAUUUCUCCUUUUGAAAAACUUCAUGGUAAUCCUCCUUCUUACUCCCACUUAAGAUAUUUUGGAUACCUAGCUUAUGCAUCUUCUCCCAAUCCUGGUAGGGACAAGUUCCAACCUAGAUCUAUUACAGCUGUUUUUCUAGGCUAUCCUUGUGGAAAGAAGGGCUACAAGCUCCUUAACUUGGAUUCUCAUUCAGUUUUUUGCUCCAGAGAUGUGCCACUUGUAUCCUCCUCUCCUCACCUUGAUUCUUCUUCAUCUCCUCCUCCUGCUUCUCCUUCAAUUUCUCCUUCUCUUUCUUCUUCUUCUACCUCACCUCUUCUUGUCAGAAAGUCCUCCAGAACUAUCAAUCCCCCUUCCUAUCUCUCAGAUUAUGUAUGUUCCCAUGUUCAGUCCUCUGCACCUGUUUCUUCUUUUACCAAGCUAUCUACUUCUGACAUCCAUGCACAUGAGCCUCAAUACUAUCAACAUGCAGCCUCUCAUCCUGCUUGGCAAGAAGCCAUGUUGAAGGAAUUUGAGGCAUUGGAUGCCAACCACACUUGGGAUGUAAUUGCUCUUCCCCCUCACAAGAAAGCUAUCCCUUGUUACACAGCCAGCAAAAAUGAUUACUCAUUGUUCACUAAGGUUUAUGAUGGUUCAUUAGUGGUUCUUGCUGUAUAUGUUGAUGAUAUCCUCCUUGCUGGGGAUAACCUAUCUGAGUUGGAUGCCUUGAAGGCUUUUCUGGAUGCCCAAUUUAAGAUCAAGGAUCUGGGAUGUGUUCAUUAUUUUUUGGGGCUCGAGAUCACUUCUCAUCCUACUGGUUAUCUUGUGAAUCAACUCAAAUAUGCCUCAGAUUUAUUGGCAGAAUUCAGUUGUCAACAUUUUUCACUAGUUGUUACUCAUCUUGAUCCUUCUCUCAAGCUCUUAGUUGAUGUGGAUGCACCUCUUGCUGAUGUUGGUCUUCAUGUUCUUCGAUACAUUAUGAAUGAUCCUGCACAAGGCAUUCUUCUAUCUCAUGCUGCUGAUUUUUCUCUUAAAGCCUAUUCAAAUUCUGAUUGGGCAGCUUGUGCUAACUCUAGAAAAUUAGUAACUAGGUUUUUCAUUACACUUGGGGAUAGCCCCAUAUCUUGGAAGAGCAAGAAGCAACCCACGAUCUCUCUAUCAUCUGCUGAGGCUGAAUAUAGGGCCCUUCGAAUGGUUGUAGCUGAGUUGUCCUGGCUCCAUCUCCUUUUGGCUAUUCUUGGAUUAUCUAUUUUUACUCCCAUACCUGUGUUCUGUGAUAGUAUGGCUGCCCUCCACAUUGCUAAGAAACCUGUCUUCCACGAACGCACAAAACAUAUUGAGGUCGAUUGUCAUUUCGUUAGAGAUUGUCUAUUUGAUGGUAUCAUCUCUUUACACUUUAUCUCCACAGGCCAGCAACUUGCAGAUAUUCUGACUAAUCCUUGUAUGGUGCUACCCACAGAUCUCUUUUGUCCAAGCUUGGGGUGUUCUCACCCUCCAUCUUGA